UACAUUAACUGGAGCAGAAAUUACAAAUGGCGACUAAAUGGAGGUAUCGAGCGGCUUUGAUAGUUCAUUUUCUUCUACAAACGAUUUGAAUUUGUCGCCGUCGCGUAAGCGAACAGUAACAAAGGGUAAAACAAUAAAUCCUAAUGAAGGUUCAGAGACAUGCCAACCUACAGCUACUAGUAAUAUGGUGACAAAGACCACCAAGUCAUGUCAAACGUUAACAGAAUUCUAUUAUCAUAACAUUGAUGAUACUUUAGAUGAUACAAAGGCAGAGACAGGAAGCGCCAAUUUAUUGGUCGAACAUGGUAUGGAACAGGCAUAUCAAAAGUUUUUUGGAAGAAAAACAAAAGAAAGCUUGAGCUCAUUUCUUACUCACCUCCCCGGUCUUGUUGAUGUACCAGGGAAUGCGAAUGAGGGUCUUCAAGCUCUAAUAAACAAACCACCCAUUGGUGGGAAGGAACUGGUUCCCGUAUCUGGUCAUCAACUGGCUGGAUUUCGCCUGAACCCUGGCCCUGUUCCUGAUCAAUUCAAGUUUGUUAAUCAACAGCCUUCAAAGAAAAAACAUAAACACAAAAAACAUAAAAAAGAUCAUAUCGAUGGAAAAGCUGUCGAAGAAAAACCAAAGAGUCAAGAAGGAACACUUGAAAAAAAGUCUAAGAAAUCUAAAAAACAGGAAGAUGGGGAGAAGAAGAAAAAGAAGAAAGAGAAGCGAAAAAAGAAGGAAAAAGCUGAGAGCUUAUGAAGGCAGUAUUUAUUUUAGGUAAUUUUAAAAUGAUACGUGUACAGGCGGCAAAAUGUUUCAAAUGCCGUUCAUUAUUUAUAUAUAUGUAUAUAUAUAUAUAUAUACACAACAUGGCGAACACUGAAAUUCACGCAUUUUUUGCAAUUUUUUGUCCGCUGCGAAAAUUCUCAUCGCUUGAAAUGGAUCGUUUCCGUUCUUGGCGAAAGUUGAUGUUACAUCAUCACUGUGGCUAAAGCAAGAAACGCUUUGCAUUCUGGUACAGAACUCAAAUACAUAUAACUUUGCACAUUCUCACACGAACAAUGCGAUGAAUAAAACCACUACCUAAUAGUGACAUUUUAAAUAUUUUUUUGUAUGGGAAAAUUGUGUACAUUUUAUUAUUCUGAUGGUGCAUGUUUAGCUAAAGUCAACUAAAGGCAUUUAAUAACUACCCCAUGCAUCUUUGAUUUGGUAAAGUUGUCGUUUCUAUGAAAAUGGAAUAAUAAUUCAGUAAAAUGCUA